AUUCCAUUGCAUGUCCGCAAUUCCUCCAUUCCUGACGGAGCAACCACCGACAUCAUCACCACCACCAUCACUAAUAAGAAACACCGACACGGAACACCAACGGGACCCUGGCCAGCAAACGACAGACAACCCUCUCCUCCUCCUCCUCCUCCUCCGGCGCGGCUCCGGUUACGGUUCCGCAUCCAGACAGGAUUGAGACGAACCUACGAAUACACCCCGCUGGCGCGACGAUAAGGUUGGACGGGGUGCCUUGCGAUGCAUGCCCCGGAUUUGCUUCUGACUGACUGACUGCUGCUGCUGACUAGCCGCACGUCGCAACGCUUGCUACUCCCCUCCAAUAUCCAAUGUAUCUGAAUCGUCGAUUCGACAUCUGAGACGUCCAAUGCCAAUGCCAAUGCCUAUACCUAUACCUAUACCUAUCUGGGGGCGCACGCAAUGCGACGCGGACACGGAAUCUUACACAUGCACUCACGCACACCACCACUAUAAUUACAUUUCCGUCUUGAAGGCGGUGACGGGCACAUUGCCGUCUAGACCGCCCUUCUUCCUUCGGGACGCCGGGCAACCCUACAGGCCGGCUUACAUGACUUACCGCCUGCUUCCUUGCCCAGAGUCAGCACGCAACGGCCACUUUCUAUUCGUGCCUUUACUGCCCUGCCUAGCCAUACGUAGCAUUACCGUAUCGCAAGUGUUACGCUGACUGACCGGGUUUGGACCGGACUGGCCCCAACCCGCCAUCGCCAGUGCGCCCAACCCCGCCGUGUUGACUUCCCCGGCUUCUGACUCAGACUGGAGGUGGCGCGCCCGGAUCCCAUUUAGGUACAGUCAUCAGCUAUUGACGACAGCGCGCGGUACGGUACGGUACGGUCACCACUAAAUUCGCAGCCGUCUUUGUACAUUCCCCGGAUCACCACGAGCCGUGCUGCGCAGGCGAACUUGGCUAACACGCCAGCCCGCCAGCCCGCCAGCCCCGGGAAAGACGGGAACAGGUCACUCAAAUCAAUAAUCAAUCCUUUUUUUUUUGUCUGACU